CCUCAACCAACCACAAAUUUUGAAGCUCUCGUGUUGCAAUCGAACGGUCUGGAUCCCACUCUGGCGUACUAUCUCGCAUGCCUUGCUUACCAAAGCCUCCACGCUAUUUGGCUCACCCGACAUCCUGGGGUGGAAGCUGUCAUACGUACCUCUAGCUCCCUCUAGAGCGUUACCAGUAUCUUCCUGGGAAAGUAUUGGCAAAACCAACAUCUACAAUCGUUUCUUGGUACUGGCACCCAGUGGCUGCUCCAGGAAACCAAUACCAUCAUUCAUUCCCAUCUAUCUGAGUAAGCUGUACAUGUACGCGCUCAUGUUCGUCGUAUCCAAAGUCGUCCUGUCAUGUUCGGGACGCAACAUAGGACCUUGACCGUCCCAUUACCCGGCCUUCGGCGUUACAGCACCGGCAUAGGAAUUGGGAUAUGCAGCAUCGCCGCAUGGCGACUUUCACGAUGGGAAUAUCUCGUUGGGAGUCCGGGGUUGUUUGCGAGAUGUGGGGUGGCUUUGGGGGCCCAGCCGGGGUAAUGGAGGGCUGUCUUGGCCGGCAUAAGACUGCUGUCCCCCCUUUGGCCUCUACCGUUCUACCGUUCCUCUUACCGUUGCACUGGGGCAAUAUACUAUGGUCUGCCACCCCUCGCUCUGCUUGAGCAAAUGAGUUGGUGAUGAUUGGUGGUAAUUGGUGGUACUGCUUCAACUGGUCGGCGAGCCUCAAUCUGUGGAGUAUGUAGGACAGCAUUGCGGUGGGGAAUUCCCAGCUCGCAGCGCUGGGUCUGAUCGGCACGUCCAUCAGAUUUUAGGCCACCCUUCCGAACAUCAACACCGCAAGAUCGUGACAAUUCCAAUUUCAAGAAAUAAGAAGAAUGUCUGGUCUGUUCGGAUGGCUGCUGGUGGCGUUCCAUCUGUCCGUUGGGAUCUCAAGGAGAUUUCUCCUCCUUCCAAGAGCGUUGGAAGUUAUUGGCGAGAGGCGCCAACGGAGAGGCAGCCAAGUAACGCCGCUUCUCUUAUGACCUAUAAGGUACCUCUUCAUAUCAGGCCAAGACUCUUGACUCUGGGGACCCCAGAGGCUUUGACCACCGGCUGGCCUCAAUGUUCAACUGUUGUCACUUUAAGUUUGAUGGAGAGUGGAGAUUGUGCAUGGGGCCUGGAGGGGAAAGGCAAAUAACCCGGUUGGAUGGAUGCCUCUUUUUGAUAUCGCUUCUUACCUUUGCAAGAAAGUUGGGGUAAUCUGCAGGUCCCGUGGCACUUUCGGGCACUCGACAAUGUUCUUCGUAGCCAAGUAUGGCUUGGAAUCUCGUAUGCUUGGGGUAUACAUAAGGAACCGAGCUCCCGCUACUCAGCGAGAUGUGAAUCUUGAGUCUACUCUUUUGCUCCCAUAAGCACUUUUAUCAUGGGAUUCGUUGAAGAACACAGAGAGUCAAUUGACUCGGACAACAAGAAGGAUGCGUCCUUAGGAGAAGCGCAUAAAGAGAAUCUCUCAACCUCUUCAGAUUCUCUUCCAGGCACCGUCUUAGAACCACAAUUCGACGAGGCAAGGACGAAGACACUCAUUCGCAAACUGGACUGGCACAUAGUUCCCUUUCUCGCACUACUUUACCUGUAAGCUGAGCUCCUCAUCUUCUCAUGCCUUGCAUUCCCUGAUCAGUGUAGCCUCUCUUUUCUCGAUCGAACGAAUAUUGGGAAUGCAAAACUCUUCAAUCUGCAAAAAUAUCUGGGGAUGCCAGAGGUUGGCCCGGGUUCAAUCCAAUACAACAAUGCAUUAGCCAUCUUCUUUCCCUUCUAUGUUGCGGCCGAAGUUCCAUCCAAUAUGAUGAUGAAGCGUCUACGCCCAAGUCUUUGGCUCACCAUUAUUAUGCUGUAAGUCUUGCCUGGCUCUCAGGCCUUCUCCUUGCUAAUUGUAACUUUAGUGGCUGGGCUAUCUGCACUAUCUGCAUGGGAUUUGUCAAGAAUUAUACUGGGCUGAUGGUUGUUCGUGCUUUUCUGGGUGCAUGUGAGGGUGGACUCUUCCCUGGUGUUACAUACUACAUCACCAUGUGGUAAGUAUAAUACCUAUCUCUUAUGGCCACAAUCCGAUUCCAACAAGAUACCAGGUACCGUCGUCACGAAUGUGGUCUACGCAUGGCAUUGUUCUUCUCCGCAGCCACUGCUGCCGGUGCCUUUGGUGGUAUCUUAGCAUUCGGAAUUGGAAAAAUGGAGGGUGUUGCAGGACGUGGCGGAUGGUCCUGGAUUUUCAUUCUGGAAGGAAUUGCAACGUUUAUUGUCGCAUGUAUUGCAUACUGGGCCAUCAAUGAUUACCCACGCACGUAAGCUUUCCCCUCAUCAACAGCAAGAUCUUUCACUCUCUCUAACAGCCAUUAGUGCUACGUUCCUCACAGAAGAGGAAAGAACCGAAGUUGAGCGUCGCUUAAAGGACGAUCGAAACUCCCUCGCCGACGAAUUCAACCUCAAAUACGCCUGGGACGCAUUCAAGGACUGGAAGAUCUACGUCCACAUGUUCAUCACAAUAGGGAUCUACACCCCUCUCUAUUCCCUCUCCCUCUUCCUCCCCACAAUCGUGAAAAACAUGGGUUACACCAACGAAACCUCCCAAUUGAUGACCGUCCCCCCUUACGCAGGUACAUUUCCCCCUUCUUCUCCCCUUCCCCCUCGCCUCCACCAAAUCCUAACAUAUUACAGUGGCAUGUAUCUUCACCAUCGGCGCGGGAUUCUUCGCCGACAAGCUCAAACAACGCGGGAUCUUCAUGCUCAUCUUCCAAGCCUCCGCCAUCAUCGGAUUCGCCAUGCUCGCCGCCACGGGGAAAUCAGGAGUCCAAUACGCCGGGACCUUUUUCGCAGCUUCGGGGAUCUAUCCUCUGGUGCCUAUGGGAGUUGCAUGGAACGGAAAUAACAUCGGGGGAUCGCUGAAGAGGGGUGUGGGGAUUGCGAUGCAUGUUGGUUUUGGGAAUUUAGGGGGCGCGAUUAGUGCGUAUUGUUUUUUGCCCAAGUAUAGUCCGAGGUAUGUCUUCCCUUCUUCUCCUAUCAUCUUCCUUUCGACCCCUUCUGUGUCCGAUAUGAUAGUGGCUGUGUAACAAAACUAACACUUUUCUUUUCCACAGAUUCAUCCCCGGCCACGUAACACUAGCCAGCACCGUCUCCAUGUCCUUCAUCCUCACCUCCUACAUGACAUGGUAUCUGCGACGCGAGAACGCACGAAGGGAUGCCUGGGCGGUGGAAAAUAACAUGUUACCUGAGAACUAUACCGAAGCGCAGAAAUCCGAGGAGAGAGAGAAGGGAGAUUAUGCUUCGUUUUUUAGGUAUACUAUUUAGGAAUGGAUUUGGGUUGGUUGGAUUCAUGCGUAAUGUAUGUUUAAUGAUUGUGUGUUUUUUUGGAGGGGGCAUACCUGGAUAUGGGGAUGAAUGGAGUAUUUAGGUUGGUACAGUAGAGUGAGGGUGGUAUAGAGUCUAGAUUUUGAAUCUUGGGACUUGUUUAUGCUGUAUAGCUUCCCUUUUAAUUCCUAUAUUAACACUCC